AUGGCCGCCAUGCAGCAGCACCACCACCAGCACAUGGCCGCCUUUCAACAGCAGCAGCAACACCAGCAGCACCACGUCGGUGUCCAGCAACAGCUCCCGCACGGCCAGCAGCAGCAGCAGUUCCACCCGCACCAUCAGCACCAGCACGUCCACCCGCAGCUCCAUCCGCAGUACGCGACGGCCGAUGGCGGCGUGCCGCAGCCGCAACAGCAACAGCCGCCGCAGGGCUGGCCUGCGGGCCAUCACCACCCGCAGCACCCGCAGCACGUCCACCACCCGCACCACCAUCCGCAGCACCCGCAGGCCCAGGCCCACCCGCACGGGGCGCAUCAGCACCACCAACAGCAGCAACAGCAGCAGCAGCACGCGAUGCAUAUCCAGUACAACGGCGGCCAGCUCACGCCCCAGCAGCAACAGCAGCUCCAGCUUCAGCAGCAGCAGCAGCAACAACACGCCCAGCAGCAGGCCGCGGCGGCGGCUGCGGCGGCAUCGGCGGCGGGGUCGGACGGGAGCGGGGCGGACGACGACGAUGACGACGAUGACGACGAGGGCGGCGGCAAGAAGGGCGGCGGCAAGCGCAAGCGGCAGAUGAAGUCGCCCGAGCAGCUGGCCAUCCUCGAGAAGGAGUUCUCGAUCUCGCCGCUGCCCAACAAGGAGACCCGCAACCGCAUCAGCGCCCUCAUCGGCCUCACCCCGCGCCAAGUCCAGAUCUGGUUCCAGAACAAGCGGGCCAAGGUCAAGAACGCGCAGCGCAAGCGGAACCCAAACUUUAGCUUCCAGGGGACGCAGGCGCAGGGUGGUCAGCCCGCGGGCGCAGCCCCUGGCAUGCCGACCGUCCCGCCCCACGUCAUCCCCGCCGCCGGCGGCAGCGACAACAAGGGCUCGCCCAAGCGGAGGAAGAUCGAGGAGGGCGAGGAGGUGCAUUCGCCGCAGUUCCCCCAGCACCAGCACCAGCACCAGGGCCACUACGCCCACGCCCACCAGCACGGCCAGCCGCAGAUGGCGCCCCAGCACCAACAUCAGCACCAGCACCCGCAUGCGCACGUUCAUCCACAGCUCGCGGCCCAGCAGCCACAGCACGCGCAGCAGCACAUGCAGCAUCUGCCGCACCUCCACGCGCAUGCGCACUACUACGCGGCCCAGGGCAUCCAGCACGUCUCGCAGCUCUCGCCACAGCAGCAACUGCAAAUGCAGCAGCAGCAACAGCUUCAGCUGCAUCAACAGCAGCAGCACGCCUUCCACCAUCAUCACCAGCAGAUGCAUCAGCAGCAGCAGCAGCAGCAGCAGCACCAGAUGAUGAUGCUGCAGCGGCAACGAGAAGCCGAGCAGAUGACGCUGGAGAAGCCGAAGGAAGAGGAUCAGCCUACGCCCGGAGCCCCGAACACGGCCAACCAGCAGCCAGGCCUGUCCGACCAGCCGCAGCCGCCGAGCGGGCCGACAGACGAGGCCGCAGCCAGUGGAGCUCCGCAGAGCGAAGCCAAGGCCGAGGCCGAUGGCGAAGAGGGCGACGAGGAGUACGACGACGAGGCUGGAGAGGGCGAGGGCGAGGAGGGAGAAGAAGGCGAGGAAGAGGGCGAAGAGGAGGCCGAGGCCGAGGAAGAGGGGGAGGAGGGUGGGGAGGAGAACGGCCAAGAGGAGGCGAAUGGCACUAACGACGCGGCCGAGGCGGAGGCCACCAGCGCGGCGACGGGGAAGGCGAAGGAGGCCAAGCCCGAGGAGAGCGCAGCGAUCCGGUUUCGAGUCAAGACCGUCUGCAAGAAGGCCAAGAAGGCCGCCGACAACCGGGAGGAUGACCAAUGGGAAGACGAGCUCGAGGACAUUGGCCAGGAGCUGAUCAAGGAGGUGGAGCUGCUGCGAGAGAAGCUCGCGCCGCACCUGGCCGCGUCGGCCUCGGCCGGCGACAGCAGCACCAACAACAGCACCACCGCCACCACCAACGGCCAGAGCAGCGAGGCCUGCCUCGACCUCCUCACCGCCUUCACCGAGAGCCUCGCCCGCGAGUGGCCUGUGGAGGUGGAGUCGGCCAAGGCCGAGGAGGCCCGACAGGCCGUGGGCAAGGAGGUCGGCCGCCUGUGGACGGAGGCCUUCGCCCAGCUGCAGCCGCGCAUGCCGGCCAAGGUCAGCACCCGAUGGGCACAGACCGUCACCAGCCUCAACGUGGCGGAUUCGAGCCUCGACCUCAACCAGCAAUAG